AUGAUUCACCCUUAUCGGCGUCCGAGGGGACACGGCAAGGUCGGCACAAUCACCGAAGAAACCGCUUCUGCUUCGACAAGUGAGGCGGUGUCAUUUUCCCGGAUGCGCGGGGGCAGUCUGUGUGAAUCGACAACCGAGUUAUCUUCCCCAUGUUCUCCUCGCCCAAUUUUUUCCUCCGUCUGUUUGUCGUCUUCAUCAUCCCUAUCUGUGUGUGCGUGUCCACAAAAAAUUGCGCACGUCGUUUUUCGGCAUGAAGGAGAGGAGGAAUGCGAUUCUCACUCUCUAUUUGUGGGAGGCAACGUGGGCGGGCUCUGCAAAAUAUCACCGGGCGCUGAUAUUCAGACAACCGAGACACAGGAUGGCAAAAACACUUCCCCGAUAACUUCCCCUUACGUUCCAGUAGCAGGCCAGGGAACGCUGCGGGUCGAUAACUAUGUGCAUACAGAUGAGCAUUACUCGCAAACGACUGGACGUUCACCCCGCGUCGCGGAUAGUGGAGUUAAGCAACACAGGGCGGACUUGGAGGGUGAAUCCACAGACCCGUCACCCUCAACAGAUCACCCUCUGUCGCCUCUAGUGGAUUCGUCGCCCUGCUCGUUUGCGCGUGUUUUCUCGCCACACUUGUGCGGCUCCAUAAACGCCACAUCCCCUUCUGCAGGAGAAUUUGUUUGCGGGUUCCGCAGUGGUAGUGAAGGGGAGGGCGAUGUGCGGAGUGCUUGUGGCGUUUCGCCUCUGAUGUUUCUUGCACGAACUUCCACUUCAUCAGACUGCGUGCCUGACGUUCGGAAAGAGAUUCCUCGGCCUGAUGUUUCUUCCUCAGAUGACGUGCCUCAGGCUACCUUGUACCUUGGGCAUCUUUUCCCUUCUCGAGGUGCUGUGACACCGUUAGAUACGCACGUCGCAGAACCUGGCACGUCCCUUUGUUUUCCUCAUUUAGGUACGCCGAGGGAGGCGCAUUAUUCAGACAGAACGAGGCGCGUGGUAGCGAGAACAGAAGGAACGUCCAACAGAGGGGCUGCAGACGCAUUUAAUAAUGGUGCGGGAGCGGGGGUUCGAAGUAGUUUCUGCGCGGCUGGUGGCCCGACAGCGACACGCGGAUCCUCUGACACGGAUAGUUGUGGUCCCGGUGAUGUUGAAAAAGAUCAACGGCCCAGGGGAACAGCGCCUGCUGAAACAGCGGAGGUGGGAGUGUCCAGGCGACGUGGUGAGGCGCGAAAGAGGCCGCCAAUCCUUUCGCGGCUUCUGUCUACCUUCACCUGGGCGGAGCGUGUACGUUCUCGCAAUGAAGCCUGUAUGGAAAGCAGCAGUCAAACCAGUCGUCCUCCGAUUAUAGCGGAAGACGAUAAGUCACUCAGCUGUAUGCCAGAGGCGCAGCCAUUUUCUGCCGCUUUCCAGACCUGUAAUAACGGAGGAGUUGAAGAUGAGGCACACUGGCAUGGACUCAUGGGCGACUGCCGUCGCCGUUCUGAUCCAAUACUAGACGGUCGGGAACAGGUGAGGAACCGCGCAGAGCUGGCAUCGCUCCGAUGCAAAGACGACCGUCUGCUGGUUGAGCAGGCUGUUGCCAGUUUUGCAGAAGGGGCAGCGAGCAGCGAGAGUCAUAGUGCUGGUUCCUGCACCGAGACACCUAGAGGCCUUUCCGGCCGUUCGUCUGUCUGGGAAGCAGCUGUGGCCCGUGUUGCCGCGGAUGCGGUGUUCAGCUCGAAGAAUGAGAAGCGAGGCGACGACAGGGACGCUUCGGAGACUGGAGGAGACACGAACGGAACAACACGGGAGAAUGGCGAAGUACCUCUCUCGCACGGAGAGGUAGGAGACUCCGAUGAAGACUCAGCGAGAACCAUAACGCAACCAGCACCGCCGAAUUGGUGGUGGACGUUGGUGCGAAGCACCGGAUGGUUUUUACCUCGAUCUGACGUGCCGAGUGUUGGCGGAAGCAACGCAAUCUCCGAGAAUGAAGGUUCGAUAAUGUUGCGGGACGCAGACAGCAGUUUUCCUCUAGAACGUAGAGGAAGACAACGCACGUUAUCAAGAAGUACAAAUGCAUGGCAAUUGGAACUCCCAUUUGGCUCUGGCGUGUCAUAUCAUGGGACUAGAGAUCCGCAUCAGGAUGCUGUGAUGGAGAGGGAUGAUCACAGCGACAAAGCUGGGAACAGAGAUACAUCUCGAAUGCGACCGUGGUGGCAAGUCUGGGACGGGCUGUUUGGAGCGAUGUCCUCAGACGAGGGACGGUCCUGCUCGACCUGUGCAGAUGCUGACAAGCUCUGCAAAGAUAGAAGCGAACGCGUCUCAGAGUUUCCCUCUCAUGAUUUGCGGGAGGUAGGCGAACGAGAGUGUACCUUGUCUAUGCGUGAGACGAGUGCAGAAGAUGAAGAACCUGCAAGGAGAGAACAGCUCUUGCACCAUCAGACAGGAAAUGACUCUCUGUCUAGUCACGAUAUUGUCCAGCCAGACGAGGACAGAGAGUAUUCCGGCUCUAGGUGUCGUCAGUCGCUCCUUCCCCAGGACAUGGUAAGUCCGGUGCCGACACCUAUAGUGGUGACGCUCGCCUCCCUGUCGCGGCAGACGGCCUCGAGUGCUUACGAGGGCUCGAUUUCACCCAUAGCUCAAGCCGGCGACGAUGAUGAUGAUUGGGAUUUUUUUGCGGACGAGGCUCAGAUGGAUGCGGUCCUUGAGGCUGCUCUUGCUUCUCCCGGUUUCACCAACUGCCUCCUUGGGUUCCGCGCCUCUGAAGAGGACGUUUCAGCCGAUGGCAAUGCCGGUAGUAGUACGGUGGAAGAGCGGGCUUCGCUGGAUGCGAAUCCACUGCCUCGGAGUUCAAUUGCCGAGCUUCGCGAGCACUUGAAGGCGUCCCUGAGGGACAAAAGUUCCCGUAUGCGCCGGCACUUUCGGGGCGUUAGGCAGGCGGUAAGGACCCGUGAUUUGCAGGCCGUGAGGCGAGAACUUGCAGACAUGGCAGAGGUCGGUGGACCUGAAGUCUCAGGCAUAUGGGCGAGUGUCAAAGUCGGCAUAGGCAUUGCGACGCUCGCCUCGGGGCACGUCAUUAUGGGCGGCAUCAUGUUGGCGAUGGCCACAAGCGCCGUGGGCUCGGCUGUACUCUGGGGACGACAUCGCGAUCAGUUUCGCCGGUGGAUGGCUGGGGAGGAGCCUGACGGAGGUGCUCAAGAGGAGGGAGAGCGACGUGUGCAGACAGAGGCCGAGCAUGCAGAAGGGAUCGUGAGAAACAUAGACGGAGGGGAGACUUAUGAACGCGAGCAAGGGGGACAGCCGACAUGGGACGAGGCCACCAGACGACGGACCACAACAUGGAUGUGGUGUGAGAAUCGAGAAGAAACAGACACCCAGCGAAGAGUUGUUGCGGCGCCAAUGAUCCCACAGUUACCUCUCGCACUUGCCGUGGCCUCCUGUGAAUCAUCUGCUUGCAAAGAAUCCGGUAGAGGCACGGGGACCUCUCUUAAGAACCCGGGGGACGAUGCCGAUGAGACGGCUUGCGCGUUCAAGACAAAGGAGAGGGGGGACAGAGGGGCAGCGGGGUGUAUUGCUGGGUGCCAAACACCUGUCGUAGAUCGAGAACAUCUCAGUUGGAGCGGAGAAGAAAACGAUUCCCGAUUCGUGUCCUCCGGUUAUAGAGAUACAGAGGGCGACGGCGACUCUUGUGAUUUUGAGGCCCACAUCCCGAGCAUGGCGGAUGUCGUGGCGGCCUCCAUCCACCCAGACUGUGCAGCCCUGUGAGACACUUGAUUUCGAUCAAGCGAUGACGUUUUUCACUGAGAAACAGUCCUUGCUUGGAAGGGGUUACAUGCAAGCACGCCGCCGCUCAAUCGAUGUACAUUAGCGAGAGUUUGGGAGGCUGUGGGCGUGAGGUGACAACAGAGAAGUUUUUUUGUGUCUCUCUCUACGAUGGCGUAAAAUAUAGAUGCAUACGGGCUUGCAUUUGAAAAAGCGAAGGGAAUGGAGGAGGUGCCAACGUUUCCGGAUACUCAGAAUGGACAGCGGGCAACUGUGCUAUUACACGAGGCAGAGGCAAGGUGGGACCAAGAGAAGAGGUUUUGGGUUCCCUGCGGGAGAGCUCUAGGCAGAGAACUGAGACGAUGAUAAAGGUAGGGAUUCAGAAGAAGGUUUCACUAUGUUCAAGGAGAGAAUUUGGAUGGCCAAGAUUAUGAACGACGAGGCAAAACAGGAACAGUGACUGCACACGAUCAUGAGACAUUCCCCGGUGGGCGGAAAUUAGGGAACCCUGCAGGAAUCAGACAUCUGAUUACACAUGGGUCCAUACAGCUGAUUUUCCGCCGGCGCAAAACAGUAGAUUGCGCUUUCAAAAGCAGCACGGGCAAGGGGUACUUGGGGAUGAAGCGGGAUGCUCGCUUUCCGCUGAAUUGUGAAUAUUUAUGUGCACUGUGGCUCGCGAAAAAAAGAGUGGAAAUAGGACGAACAGAGACGUGGCCCUCAGCUUGACAGAGAUCGCAUUAUUUUCCUACACUCUUCAUGGUCGACUUCUAUUCCUGAAGAGGAGUUGAGCCAGCGCUCGACGUGUGCGUUCACUUUUUUCUGUGUCAGACAAAGUCAACAUGUUGUGGUGCUGCCUGUGAAAAAAACAGUUGCGUUUUUACAAUACGGGGAGAAUAAGCUGCAUCUGAAGUCCGUAUAUGGACCGAGAUAAUCACUGAAACCCUA